AUGGAAGCUCCAAUGUCCGACCUCAGCCCUCGCUCUCCUACAUUCACACUCAUCCACGGCAACGAAGCCGACGACUUGUACUCUGGCUUUCCUAAACGUACCUCGCCAACGCCUAUGGAGUCGAGAAGAUGCGUUAAUUUGGAAGAAACUGUCCCGCCUACGAACGACCACAGAACAUUGGUGCUCUGUUUCGAUGGGACCGGUGAUCAAUUUGACGACGACAACUCCAAUGUGGUCAAUUUCUUUUCUUUGCUCAAGAAAGACGACCCAAGCAAACAGCUUGUGUACUAUCAGUCUGGUAUCGGGACCUACAACAUUCCCCAAGUUGCUCGUCCCUGGAUGGCCAAACUCCAUCGCGCGGUCGAUGCAAUGUUGGGAAGCCACCUCAACUCACACGUUAUGGCGGGCUACGAGUUCUUGAUGCAGAAUUAUGAGCACGGAGACAAGAUCUGUAUGUUUGGGUUUUCUCGCGGCGCCUACACUGCGCGGGCGCUUGCCGGAAUGUUGCACAAAAUCGGUCUGCUACCCAAAUGCAACCACCAGCAAGUUCCCUUCGCCUACAACAUGUAUUCGCGCGACGAUGAAGAAGGAUGGAAGCAGAGUACAGCGUUCAAAAAGUCGUUCUGCAUCGACGUUGAUAUCGAGUUUCUUGGAGUUUGGGACACUGUUUCUUCUGUUGGAUUCGUCCCCCGUCGUCUACCUUUCACCCGUUCGAAUACCCACGUCCGCUACUUCAGACACGCAAUCGCCCUUGAUGAACACCGCGCACGAUUCCUUCCGAACUUUUGGGCCCUUCUUGACAAGACAAUGGGUGUUGGCCAUGGCGAGAUGCCCAAGUCACGGAGACAGGCCACGAAGAAGCCAGAGGAAGAAGAGCACGGUGUUGCGGUAGAAGAAGAGGAGAUUUUCGACGAAAAGACGGCCGAGAAAAAGACGUUAAGACAGCUGGAGAGAGAGUACAGCGACGCGCAACAUCAUCACACCCAUGUCGAAGAGGUCUGGUUUGUCGGAGCACAUUGCGAUGUCGGUGGCGGGGCGCUUCCUAACGGGACUCGCAACUACCUUGCACGAAUACCGCUGCGUUGGAUGAUUCGGCAAUGCUUUGAGCUCCACACUGGGAUUAUAUUCCACGCCGAUAUGCUCCGCCUUGCCGGUCUCGAGCCUCGCACGCUCUACCCCCAUGUUCUCCCCCGACCAUCGCCGCUUCUGCUCAACCCGUCAACCUCUGAAGGGUCAGCAACUAUUUCUUCGCAAAAGUCUAAGAGGAGCUGGAGUCAGAGAAUAUUGAGAAGAAGGUCCCAAGACGACAGAGACAAGCCUCUGAAUCGCACGGUCGAUGAACGGACAAGAGACUUUAUCAGUGAAGAAGACGAAGACUUUAUGGACGCGAUGUGCGACAUCAACGACGAGCUGAAGCGGGUGCGAGCGUGGUGGAUACUUGAGCUGUUUCCGCAGCAGCUCCGCUUCCAGGACCAUACUCGGGGCGGCUUGUGGCUGAAAAAACUAAUCGUCCACCGAGCACGGGGAAGGCAUAUUCCACGGCAAUCGACUGACGGGGUUAAGCUGCACCGGACGGUGAAGAUGCGGAUGGAUGCAUUGGGCUAUGAACCAAGAGCAAAGUUGAAGAAAGAGACGACUCUUCAUUGGGUCGAUUGA